UACUGAUCUACUUCAGAACCGUCUUGCGAGCUGCCGUCGGAACUGAACGGCUUAUGGUACGGAAACCGACAUUCAAGUGUUUCUAUCAAGAAUGACGUAUUCAUUGCAAAUAGAAUAGUCGAAGAGGACUGCAAUUCCACGGAGCCGUGUUCAAAUCUAGAUAAAAGUCGAGCGAUGAGAUGCAUCUACCAGUCAGAUUAUAAUUUCCUUCUGAGAACAGAGCAUACAGUUGUUGACCUAGUUCCCUAUGCCAUCUACUCGUGUUUUUACUUCUCGCACAUAUCGCCUAAUAAACUCGUGUUCAUCUUUAACCAAAGAGACAUCGAUCCAAUACUGAAAGUCUACGCAAAACUUAUGUUCGCCAAACCAAUAAUAAAAUCAGCGGAAGCUUUGUGCAUGGUGAAUGGCGCCUACCUGCCUGUCCACGUCAAUGUAUUAAUACGCCAAGGUAGUCAGCACAAAAUCUCAGAGGCGUGUCCAAAAGUGAUCUUAAAAGGCUACAAAUAUCAAAUGGGUUCCUGCAAAUUUGUUUUAAAGUUUAGAGCGGACGACAAUUUGUUUGAGGUUGUUACAGAUUGCACCGGGGGAAAAGACGAUUUGCCAUUUUUUUCAGUGACCAAAAAGGUUAUAUGCGUUCAUAGCUCAGGUGAGAGUAAGGACAAUGGUACCAACUUCGUGUUCCUGUAUAAUGACAAUGUGCCAAGAGGGCCGUACACCUAUCGCUUUGUCUGCAUACUGUACUCCAUCCAAGAGGACACCAUUAACAUGACAGCCAUCCCAUUUCUUUGCAGUGACACAGAGACGGAAUUUAAAAUGCAGACUAUAUUCGGAAAAGCCAUAGGGGAUACAGAACUAGAAGAUGUUCUCAAGGAACUAGGGAGUGCUGAAGAGCUCACAACGACGGUGUCUAUCACGUAUUUAGUAAUCACCGCCCUGGUGCUGAACUCCUUCCUCGCCAUGUAUAUGUACAGAAAGGGCCGGAAAGCGGAGCCAGACGAAGACACCUCUGAUGAUGAAGACGGCGAGGAUGAUGAUUAUAAUAUGAGAGACUCGGUGAUGAUUUCCAGCACGGAUUUGAACGGCUGAGGGAAUUAUCGAUAACAGGAGACGACAGACAACAACAAAUCCUAAUUAAUAUUCUGUAGAACCUAAAGAGAACAAUCAAAGAUGGUGAGAAACACUUACUCAAAAGUUGGACAUAUAUUUGUGGGAAAAGUUAGGAUAUCAAGGCCAUGUGACGUAACGACAAGGAUAGUUACGUCAUUCUAAACAUAAGCAGACUCAAGUUCAAUUACCAAUGUUAUUUUGCAUAGAGCUUCAGUGGUUCUAAGUGCCAAGAAAGUCCACCGCUUAUGAAAUUAAAAGCACCUUAUAAAAGCCAUUGAAUGAGAAGAAAAUGGCAUGAACUAUGUACAUUCAGUUGAAAAGAAAUCGUAGAAAGAAAUCUGAAGUUGUUAUACCAAGUGUUACAAGUGAUAUGAUUGUUAUUUCUAUCACAAAUACAAAGGUCUAUUCUUUUCU